AUGUCUCAACAUUCCAGAAACCCCUCUACCACCACUGCUGCUAGCUCUCAGCCUGGUUCUGUCCGGGAGAUUACAGCUGGACCAAACAUGUCAUCUGCCUUCUCUGAUUAUAGUAGUAGCGCGGCAAGUAUCCAAAGGGGUCGACCUUAUUCUAUUAUCAGUAACGAUAACAGACUUCACGCACACCUGCAAGGUUAUUCGCCUGAGAGACCCCAACAACCUCCUGCUUAUACCCCAUCGAGCGACAGAGCGGUUGCCGUUCAUUCCAGGGCACCCUCUUAUGAAGCCUCACAGCAAGAGGCAGCCACUGCUGCAUCGAGCAACCAGCCCCGAAAUUCAUUCUACGGCACUCCUGGUAGACCUAUAAUUGGUCUUACCAGUACUGCCACCGCGGCUGCAGAGGCUGAUCAAAGCUCAAAUGGUGACGCGUCCUCUGCGCACAUGACAGAAGAUCUAUACUCGACUUAUGCUGAUGCGACCAGAUUAAGUGAUGCUCACUACGAAGGUAGGCGACGUGAUGCCACGCAGCAGAGAAGAGCUCAUCAACCUAGGACAGGAGGUUCCACACCUUUGAACAAUCCUCCUCGACUUUGA